UGACACCCUCUCAUGUCGGAGCGGGAAUACAUGGACACGAGGACAGACACUUCGACGUAGUCUGCCGGGACGCUCGUUCUUAUUAUAUUCCAUUCUAAAGGGGAAAUUGCUGCUUUGGAAACGGACUUUCUACUGGAACUAAUAAUCUCAAAACUGUACACAGAGAUUACCUUGACAACCAGUUUUACUGAUUGACAGUUGGACUGCGAGUUACCAAUGCGCUUGUUUGGAAACUUCUGACUACCGUCAGUUUUUAUUUAUGUAUGACAAUUGUUUACCGUGUAUUCGGGUUUAGUAUGCACAUGUGCUCUUAUUCAUGGUGCUACAACAGAGGAUUAUAAUUCUUAGUUGGAUGUAAAGAAGUACCCAACUGAUAUCCUAAACCUCAACCCCACAUUGAAACAACAUAUUUUAGUGCUGUGUCUUCAAAUUGCGCAUGCCACAUGGCGCAAAGGUACGAUGAGCUUGCCCACUACGGUGGCAUGGAUGGGGUCGGAGUCCCCACGUCUAUGUACGGAGACCCGCAUGCCCCUCGGCCGCUACCGCAAGUCCAUCACCUGAAUCACGGUCCACCCCCACAUGCAACCCAGCACUAUGGAGCCCAUGCACCACACAACAUAAUGCCCAGCAGUAUGGGCAGCGCUGUCAACGAUGCACUAAAAAGAGACAAAGAUCAGAUCUAUGGUCACCCGUUAUUCCCAUUGCUUGCACUGGUGUUUGAGAAGUGCGAGCUGGCGACGUGCACGCCGAGAGAGCCUGGAGUGGCGGGCGGAGAUGUUUGCUCCUCGGACUCAUUUAACGAGGACAUCGCUGUCUUUGCAAAACAAAUACGUGCUGAGAAACCUCUAUUUUCUUCUAACCCAGAGUUGGAUAACUUGAUGAUCCAAGCCAUUCAAGUUCUACGAUUCCAUCUUUUGGAAUUAGAAAAGGUGCACGAGCUGUGUGACAACUUUUGCCAUCGGUACAUUAGUUGUUUGAAAGGCAAAAUGCCAAUUGACUUGGUGAUAGACGAUCGAGAUGGUGUCAAAGCCGACUUCGAUGACCUAUCCGGAUCCUCAACGAACCUUGCAGAUCACAACCCAGCAUCCUGGAGAGACCUGGAUGACGCCCACUCCACACCCUCCGUGGGCACCCCGGGGCCCUCCAGUGGGGGCCAUGUCUCCCAGAGUGGGGACAACAGCAGUGAACUCGGAGACGGCCUCGACAACAGCCUGGCGUCUCCGGGCACAGGAGACGAGGAUGACCAGGACAAGAAGAGACAGAAGAAGAGAGGCAUCUUCCCUAAAGUGGCCACGAAUAUAAUGCGAGCCUGGCUCUUCCAGCACCUCACGCACCCAUAUCCCUCAGAGGAGCAGAAGAAGCAGCUCGCACAAGACACAGGCCUCACCAUCCUCCAAGUCAAUAAUUGGUUCAUCAAUGCCAGAAGGAGAAUAGUACAGCCUAUGAUUGACCAAUCUAACAGAACAGUGAGUCAGGGAACAGGCUACAGCCCUGAUGGACAGCCAAUGGGUGGCUUCGUACUGGACGGUCAGCAGCACAUGGGGAUCCGACCUGGAGGACCUAUGGGCAGCAUGGGUAUGAACAUGGGCAUGGAUGGACAGUGGCACUACAUGUAAACCCUGAAGCUCAACCUACUGACCAGGGUGAUGCCUCCAUGGUUUGCUCAGGGAUAGUUCCAUCCGGCUCAGUGGUCCAGUGAGAGCAUGCCACAGCCUAGUCUCACCUGUACCCACCUGGCCACGCCCACUUCAACGCCACUCCCACUGGAAAAAAAGAGGACCACACCUACCCUGGGAACACCCACAUCUGCACAGACCACAUUGACCUUCUGUAACGCCCAUGCCUGGAGGACGAUGAGCACCCAGGAACACGCUGAAGUCAUCAACAGUGACAGAGAGACAUGUCUUCCAAAAUAUUAAAGACUUCUAACUGAACAACGGAAGACUACGUGACCUCGGCUACAGUUUAACAGGACUUUCUUUUCUUUUUUAAAUUAUUUAUUUAUUUUUCUACAACGGCGGACCAUGGGAACAAGAACAUUUUAGUCUUCCCAAAGAUAUAAUGACACAAAAUUGUACAUACAUGUGUACACACACAACCACACACAUGCUACAUACACACACACACACACACACACACAGAAACACAUAUUUACACUCUAGUCGCUUAAUCUUUUAUAAACCAUUUUAAAACAACCACUGUGGAUUAACAAAAAAAAAGUUGAUGAAGACUCUAAGAGUUUAACUGUUGUGGUGUAAAUGUGCUCUUCAUUUGACUGUGUCUAUCUUUGCUCUUGUGAUCACUAGUUUUUAGAAUCAGAGUUUGACAGAUCCUGUGGAAGAUAAAAUAUCUCUGAGCUGCAACAGGACUGCAGCUCAAUUCACCUCCCAACAAAGACCAAGCUCUCUUUCAUCUGUAUUUUGAAUGUUGCCCGUUUGUUUUUGUUGAUCAUGCACUAAAUCAAAUUCAGUUUUAA